CAUGCGGCGCGAGGUGGUUUCUACAGCGUGUGGCGCCCCCCGGCGGCUGCGACGACUCAAUGUGACAGCGGGACCUGAGCGCCUGCCAUGGAGCCGCAGAAAGAGGCGCGAACACCCGGGGACCCCGUCGCGCGGCCGUCUGGGCUCUCGAGGUCUCAGACGCCCAACGACGAGGAGCGGCAGGAGGGCGACACAGCGCCGGCAGAGGCUUCCCUGGGCGCGGAGGCGGACGGCGCCUGUGCGGACGCGCUGUGGGAGCUGCCGGUGGAGCCCGCCGAGCGGAGGCCCGAGUGCAGCCGCUGCAGCCGGCCUCAGAAAGUAUGUUUGUGUCCAUUUCUCCCGUUGCAUCCUCUGCACAUCUCUACUCAUUUGUACAUAAUUCAGCACCCAGCAGAGGAAAACAAAGUGUUGCGGACAGUUCCCCUAUUAGCAGCAUGCCUCCCCCCGGACAAGUGUAAAGUCAAGAUUGGUCGUCGCUUCAGUGAGGAAAGAGAUCCUGAACUUUCAACUGUUUGUCGGAAGUCUGAUACAUUAAUAUUAUAUCCAGGAGCUGAAGCUGCUAAUUUGGAAGAAUUUAUAUUAGAUUCUCCUAUUUAUCCUUCCACAAUCAUCAUCAUUGAUGGUACAUGGAGCCAGGCUAAGGACAUUUUCUAUAAGAAUUCUUUGUUCCGACUCCCUAAACAGGUGCAGCUAAAAACUAGCAUUUCUAGUCAGUAUGUAAUUCGGACGCAGCCAACUAAUAGGUGCCUUUCUACACUGGAAUGUGCAGCUGCUGCUCUUUCCAUUUUGGAGAAAAACAAUUACAUACAAGAGACUUUGCUUCGUCCUCUUCAAGCUUUAUGCUCUUUCCAGCUUCAGCAUGGUGCACAAAUUCGCCUCAGCAAGGAACACCUUCUGAAAAAUGGAUUAUACCCUAAGCCAAUGCCAAAGAACAAGCGCAAGCUCAGGAAAAUGGAACUGUUGAUGGACAGUGUUAAAAUCUAGUACAGUUGUUGCAUGGUGCUAGUUGUGGUGUCUUCCACGGACAAGAACAGGCUAAGUGUUCAGAAAAUUUAAGUCUGUGCAUUUUUGACUGUCUAAAUGAGACUGUCUAAUGAGAGUUGCAUACUAAACUUGUCCAGAAGAAGGAAGUAAACCAAAUAGCCAUAAAAAAAACAAACGAAAUUUCAUUGACUCUGUAAAAAGCAAAUUUUCAUAUUGUAUUUGUUUUAAAAAAUGUGCCUCUGAUACAUUUUUUCAGAUCUUUUGUUUGAAAUGCAAUUAGUUAUUGAGUGAGGUUAGAAGUUCUUUUUUAUAAAAUGGGAAGAAAUUAUUAUACCUGAUAUGGGGCAGUAUUGUUCUCAUUAAUGUUUGUAGAUAGUUAGGUGUCGACCAGGAAUAGAGGGCACUUAGAUCAAUAUGCAAUCUUGAACAUAAACUUUAUACUUUGUAAUAAGUAACAAAAAUAAUGUUCAAGUAGUUUAGAUUGAUUUAAUUUAUUUCAUAGAAUACUAUAACAGAGUAAAGAAACUAAAUAUAUUCUUUAGGGACUAAACUUGAACUCAGCUCUUAUGAUUAAGUGUUCUAUUAAUUGCCCGAAUUUUUUGGUAUUAAGGUAUAAUUGGAAUAUAAGAUUGUAUUAGUUUCACGUGGAUACCAUAAUGAUUCAAUAUUUAUAUACAUUGCAAAAUAAUCACCACAUGAUAAGUCUAGUUAACAUCCCUCACCAUACAUAUUUACAAGAUUUUUUUCUUGUAAUGAGAACUUUGAAGAUAUGCUUUCUUAGCAAAUUUCCAAUAUGCAAUAUUUGCAAUUUUGCAGAAUUGUUAACUAUAGUCACCAUGUUUUAUAUUACAUCCCCAUGACUUAUUUAUUUUAUAACUGGUAGUUUGUUCCUUUUGACCCCAUUCACCCAUUUUGGCCACUAGUCACUCUCUGCUUCCAGCAACCACCAGUCUAUACUCUGUAUCUAUAGCUUUUUUUUUUUUUUUAAGAUUCCACAUAAAAAUGAUAUCACCUGUUAUUUAUCUUUCUCUAUGUGACUUAUUUCACUGAGCAUUA